AUGAGACUCCGUCUGCAACCCCGCAGGAGGCCACAAGCACUCAGCAAGUUAUUGACCCAGUGGCUGGAAGACCGUCCCCUUCUCUCUCUCUCACCUAUUCCCCGCUCUUCUCCCCACUACACCACACUCUCUCUACCCUCUGCUCUUCUCUCUUGCUCCACGGCCGAAAGUCCCACGGAUCGCCGCAUGGUCACCUCCAAGAUGAAGCCUCGUGUGCAACCCUGCAGGAUGACACCUGGUAAGUAACUCCCCCCCGCAGGUAAGCGAAAAUUGACUAUUGCCUUUGCUUCUUGUUUGCUCUUGCUUGCCUGCUUUUUUGUCUGCUUGCUUGUGUUUUUCCUUGUUGUAAGCUAAAUGCCGUUCUGUUGGAUAUGUCUGUUCACCGCUUAUAUAUUUCAACAACCAGUUGGCCUAGAGAGGAGCGGAAAACCCUGCUUCCCGUUCCUUUAAUCUUCCCCCCCCCCCCUCCACUCAAAAGUCCUAUACGGAGAGCGACAGCGACCAGGUAGGCGGCCCAGGCCAGCUCGGGUCGUUCUUCCACUAAACAAAAGUCGUGGCCCAUAGCGGAGUGCCUCAGCCGUUUGGGAUAACCGAGCAGCCCUAUUUAGGGACAGCACCACUGCUCACUCCCGCGAGGGGGAAGGGGCUAGAAAAGGUGCCCUAAACAAAUACUGGGGAUCCACGCCCUCUAUGCGCUGACCGUGGCCCGCAGGCGCAAAACGCACGGUCGAAACAAUCAAAUCCAAAACAACGCUCUCUCUUCCCCUUCCUCCUCUCCACCGCCCCACUAGCCAGACUAGCAGGGGGAGUCCGCUCACUCUGGCAGACUGGAAUGCUCGUUCCAUUUAAGACAAUCCGAGCAGCAACCGAUCGCGACGGAGGACGGCGCCAGGGACUGGGGAACUGGCGCGCUACAAGGUGGACAUCGCUGUACUCAGUGAGACCCGCUUCUCUGAAUAAGGCCAACUGGAAGAGGUGGGUGUCGGCUACGCCUUUUUCUGGAGUGGUCGACCCAAGGCAGAGCGACGGGACGCGGGUGUCGCCUUUGUCAUCCGGAAUGACAUCGUGAGACGACUGUCGCAGGGCAUCAACGAUCGUCUGAUGGGCCUCCGAUUGCCCCUGGCCACCAUCGUUAGCGUCUACGCUCCACUGAUGACCAGCCCUGACGAGGCGAGGAACACAUACUAUGGGGACCUACACGCCCUCCUGACAACUGUGCCGAAGGCGGAUAAGCUGACUGUCCUUGGUGACUUCAACGCCAGCGUCGGCACAGACCAUGCGGUCUGGAGAGGAGUGCUCGGCCCCAUAGUCUCGAUGGCUCCUCCUAUGAACCUGCGCAGAACACCGGCUCAUCAUAACCAACGUCUUCUUCUGCCACCCGAUGCGAGAGAAGGCCAUCUGGAUGCAUCCUCCGUCACGUCAUUGGCACCUACUGGACUAUGUCCUCGUCCGGAGGCGAGACCAACGGGACGUGCUAGUGACAAGAGCGAUUCCAGGUGCCGACGUGUGGACCGACCAUCGCCUUGUCAUCUCGAAGAUGCGUAUUCGCCUACAGCCUCGAAGGUGACUUCAAGGUAAGCGAACCCCAGGUAAGCCGAAUAUUGUUUUGUUUUCUUUGCCUGUUCACCAUCCCCAUUUCAGCAACGAACUAGCUCAACGGGUAGACAACCCUCCGGUCGCUGCCGCCAACGAGGAGAACGCCUCCUUUGGGAACCGAUGAUGUCAACUGCGGGACACCGUCCAGUCGACGGCCCUGGCUGUCCUCGGUCACGCAGGACGCCAACAUCAGGGCUGAUUCGAUGACAACGACGCCGCCAUCAGCAACCUGCUCGUCGAGAAGAACCGCCUUCACAAAGCCUACGUCACCCGCCCCACCGACGACGGCAGAGCAGCCUUCUAUCGCAGUCGCCGUCUUGUGCAACAGCGGAUACGGGAGAUUCAGAAUGAUUGGACGGCUCGCAAGGCCAAGGAGAUCCAAGGUCACGCGGAUCGCAACAAAUGGAAGAAUUUCUUCUCCGAGAUCAAGGCUGUAUAUGGUCCGCCAACCAAAGUAACUGCACCUCUUCUCAGCGCUGACCUCAUUGAGAAGACACAACUUUUACAGCGAUGGGCCCAGCACUUCAGAGGCGUCCUCAACCGUCCGUCCAUCAUCUCCGGCGCCGCCGUCGCCCGUCUGCCUCAAGUGGAGACCAACUCCGACCUCGACAUCCAACGCUCUCUCCAGGAAACCAUCAGGACCACGCAGCAGUUCCUCGGUGGAAAGCGCCCGCAUCGGACGAUAUCCCUGCUGAGAUCUGCAAACACGGUGGCCCCAACUCAUGGAUCAUCUGACGGUGCUCUUCCAGAAGAUGUGGUGUCAAGGAGAAGUUUCUCAGGAUUUCAAAGACAUCACAAUCGUGCAUCUCUGUAG